AAAUUUUGUAAUUUACUAUAAACGCAAUUUUUUUUGUUCUUACAAGAUAUAGAUUUUUAUAAAUUGUUGGUUGUACUUUAUUUUAGAACGAGGAACUGACUUUUCCCUCUCACUCUUCAUCUUUCGCACCUCACCCGUCACUUCAAUCAAAAUCAAAUUUCAACCGUUUGUUUUUGUUAGGAACUACUUAGAUUUUGUAGAAAACUUUUAUUUUGUUACUGCAUUUUAUUUUGAAAACUUUUAAUUGAAAUGUCUCAGCAACAGACCAAAAAUAUUAUAACUCUUCGAGGCUCCGCACAAAUUAUAUGUGAAUAUCUCAAGUUCGCUAUGAAUUCAGUAUUAUUCCAAAGAGGUCUCUAUCCAGCUGAAACUUUUAAAGCUGAGCAACACUAUGGAAUCACGUUACUGCUUUCUGAAGACGCACAAAUUAAGAAUUUCCUUACCAAUCUUUUAACUCAAAGUGAAGAAUGGAUAGUCAACAAGAAAGUAAGUAAAUUAUCACUCAUAAUAUUAGAUGUUGCUAACAAAGAGGUGCUGGAAUGUUGGGACUUCAAGGUUGAAUAUGAAGAAGGGGAUACCGCACUAUCAAAGGAAAGGAAUGAGACUGUAGGCAAUAAGGAUUUGAAGAAGAUCCAACAAGAAAUCAGAGACGUAAUGCUUCAAGUUGCAGCGACGAUUUCAUACUUGCCCUUCCUCGAUCGACGUUGUUCGUUCGAUGUUCUCGUUCAUGCUAAGACGGAUUGUGAUAUACCCGAACAAUGGGCAGAAGCGGAGCCCAUAUCUAUUACUAACGCUCAGAAUGUACAAUUAAAAUCGUUUACUACUAGUCUACAUAAAAUGGAAACAGUCGUUACGUAUAAGCUAUUUGAUUAGUUUUAAUUGGUAUUUUGUUUCUGCACCAGUGAUAUGUAGAUAUAGGAUGAAAUGGAAACUAUUAGAAUCAUUUUAAGAAAGUGUUACAUCAAUAAGUUGAAAUAGAUUAUAUCUAGAUUCUAUAUUAAAAUAAAACAUAUACCAGUUUUUAAGUGAGAAUUUAAAUAGACAACAGUGAAAACUACAUUCAAUUUGGUGCAGUGCUUUUUAUGUGAUAGCAGAACAAACAUACAGACAGAUAGACGAAGUUUAUAAAAAUUAUUGUUUUGGCAAGCUAAAGCAAAAGCAAAGCCCAGCAAUACAAGUACUGAUCCUACAAUACAAUCAUAUUAAAAUUCAAUACAAUCAAUAUAUACACAUACAUACAGACAUUAAAAAAAAAUACUGAAAAAAAAAUUGUUUUCACUAGUACAAUGCACCCUUAAAUGAUUCUAAUGACUUCAUUUUCAUUCUGGAAAUCAUAAUUGUCCCACAAAGUGUGAAGUUAGAAGUUGAAAAUCAAUGGAGAUUGCAAAUUGAAUGCCAAAAUUGAUUGUUUUGUUAGAUUCAAAUAAUCUUUAUUUAAAUUGACAUGUUUUCACAUUUCAAUUUAAUUGACAAUUGACAUUGUUUGUUUCAAAUAUGUAUGCCUUGAAUGGGUGAAAAUUAAAUGGUGCACCAGUGAAGUAUGAUAGGUGAGGAUUAAAACACAUCAGUUCAUCCAUCGUGACAAAUUCGUCAAAAUUUAUCUAAGGUGCACUUUGUUGAUGUUGGUCAAUUGAUCCAAUGUGACAAAUUGAUUGAAAAUUAACCUAGGGUUCAUUGUUGAUGUCGACUUGCUAGUAGUGGGGGUCACUAGUUCCCAAUACUAACAAUCCGAUACCAACUCUCUUCUCUGAGUGUAAAUUAGAUAGAUGCAAUUCGACGAUUGUCAAAAAGCCUUAUCUAUCAGAUUUUAUAAUUAAUUAUCUGUGCAAGUAACAUUAAUAACAGGAAAGAAAAUUAAUCUCGGUUUAAAAUGUCGUUAGUAACGCAACCUCAGUUUGAUUUUAAACUAAAUCUUAGUUACACGUUGAGGACACAACGUGUAAAUAUAAAUAAUGUAAACUGUGUAUUCCUUUAUUAGAAUAUUUAUUUUUAUGUGAUCCACGAUCUUGCUUGAGUUCAUUCAUUGGCCACAUAUUUAGCAGUAAAAAAAAAAACAAUUACUCUAUAAUAAAUGCGUACAGUUUGUUUUUAAAUAUUUAUUAUUAUCGCAGUAUAGAAAGGAUAAAAUGGUUUCCCUUUUAUUAUCUAUUUAUUAAUCUAUUUUAAUUUAUAGUACAAAAUAUUUUAUUUUAUGUGAUUCUAAAUAAGCACAUAUUCUAUAAAUCGUGUCUGAAUUCUUAUACAAUUAAAAUUAUUAAAUUAUAUUUUUUAAACAUGAAAUAUGUUCGAUUCCAAAACUGAUUAGACACCAAAUUGUUUUUUUUUUACAUCAUAAUAUAAUAAAUUCUUUAUAACUGGAAGUGACGCUUGGAAUUCCAUAAAGUUACAGACAUAAGUGCGAAAGUGAGUUUGUUUGUUACCUUAUAGCGCCUUAACCGCUUUACCAAUCAAUAUGAAAAAGUAUAGAUGAUAUACAUAGGUUAUUUUUUAUCCCAGUCAAUAAACAUAUCCUAAGGGCCUACCAUGAAAUGUUUCCCGAAAUUUCGGAGCCAACCGAAACGCAAAUUUGAUGUUAAAAUUACAUAAUACAUACCAUUUUGAAAUAUUAAAAAUGUUAAAAUAUUGUUCCUUUGGACUUUUAUGAUAGGAUGUAUGACGAACGAAAUGUUAAACUCCAUUUAUUGAUCCGAUUUUGGUAUAAAUAAAAACACGAAAUUGAGUCCGAAAUUUUGGAAUUUCAUUUCAUGGUAGACUUGCAAGUCACGCGGACAAAGUCGCGGGUAAAUAUAAACUAAGGAUUUUGAUAAAUAAAUACUAAUAAAUUUUUACCUACAAAUAUCUGCAUGUUAUUGAAUUUGGUAAAAUAUGCUGGAUAUUAAAAAAAAAAAACAUAUUAUUAUGUAACUGUGUUUUUGUCAAAUAAAUCAUUAAUUUAUUAAUAGAAGCUAGUACAAAAUAAUUUAUUAUUGAAUGCCAGAUAAUCAUUAUUUGAUUACAGAUCAUUCUAAUUAGGCAUAAGUUUGAUUAUUUGAUGACCACAAUUAAGUAAAUAAAUAUGCCACUGUUCCUUUUUUACCUCAUGAUGUCAUAAGAGGCAAAGCACAUACUAUAUUGUCCUGAAAUUAUUGCCUAAAAAUUGCUUAUUUAAAUGCCUUUUCACAUCUUUACAAUAUUUAAUAUAGUUAUCAAUAAUUAAGACCUAUUUAUUUUACAUUUCAAUAUUAAAAAAUAUAUUUCUCUUCAUCCCACCCAUUAUCUGUCCACUGCUGUAUACUGCAGUACCUCUCCCAUAGACUGCCAUAAAUUGCAUUUUUUUUUUGUUGGAUGAAAAUGGAUUGGUGACCCCGCCCGCGCUAACGGGAUACGCUGGCGGAGCACCAGUGAAGGGUGGUAGAUGAGAAUGAAAACAGGCCAGUUAGCCCAUUAUGAUGAAUUCAUCAGGAAUUAGCCAUGAUAGUUUCCAGGGGGAACCGCGAGGAGGUCGACCUGGUUAGGUAUAUUGCUAGCAAUGGGAUUUUUAGUCUCCAUUAUUAACAAUCCCUUUCCCCCCUAUAAAAUACAUUGUAGGGAGUCAGUGGAUGCAGGUGGCUCAGGACCGUUCCUUAUAUCUCCAACAUGGGACCAAUUAAUUUUAAGCUUUAUCACAAUAGAUAUAAUAUCCGUUUUCCACAACAACCCUAUUUUUAUGUAAACAGUAUUUAUGUAUUAAUGUGUAAGGUAGCUAAGAGUUAUAACAAUUGUAAGUAGAUUUUGAACUUUCAAUUGGAUUAAACUGUUUUUAUUUUUUUAUUUAUAUUGUGUGUCUUUAAUUUUAUCGAUAUAUUUUUUUUUAAUUUCA